AUGAACAACUGCUUCGCUUGGAAAGCGCAUCUUGAAGAACUCGUGAGAGAAGGUCACUGCAUGAAAUUCAUUGCGAAGCAGGCCAUCCAGCGAAUUGAAGAUCGUGACAUAUCCAAGGAGCCACCCAAGAAGGUCAUAAGGAUUAACACAAUCCUAGCCGACUCCAAGGAGUCUGGGUUGACCAGUAAGGAAAAGAAGAGGAAGAUCAAACAGGCCACUAUGAUCUCCCAAAUCUCGACCGACCUUCCACCAGUAGAAGACGAUCCUAUGAUCAGCUUCCAAAAGAAAGAUCUGAUCGGCCUCGACAUGCCACAUAAUGAUGCCUUUGUCAUCAGCAUUCAAAUCGCCCAGGCCAUGGUCGACCGAAUCUACGCAGAUGAGUGCAGCGCAGCCAAUAUCCUGCAAUUGGUGGUCAUCCAACAGAUGGGCUUAGAGACAAAGAUCAACAAAUUAGCCAGAUCGCUGACCGACUUUAAUGGUGCAACAACGGUUACUGUGGGCACGAUAGACCUCGACGUCUACUCCCCACCUGUAAUCAGCUCACAAAUAUUCAUGGUCAUUAAUGAAGUCUCACCCUACAACGGCAUCUUAGACAGACCAUGGAUUGGCAAGAUCAACGCCAUCACCUCCGCCACACAUCAGAAAAUUCGGUACCCAAUCCUUGGGGGCGGUGUUGGCCAAAUCAACAGCGAUCAAGCGAUGGCAAGGAAAUGCUCCGCCCAAAGGCUGAAGAAAAGCAAACAUGUGCACUUCCUUCCUGUGAGCCAGGUAGAUCUGAAGGAGGUUGAACAAUUGAAUCUUGCUUCCUUAUAG